GGAAAUAGCACGUUUCCUCUUCUUCCCGGGAGAGGACUGCUAAGAAGGGGUCAAAGGGGGAUCACAUGAAAGAGAAACCUGAGAUCUUUGACGAGGCAAAGGCGCAAAAAGAAAGGGGAAGGGGCGGAGAUAUUAGUAUUGUACAGUGAGGAAAUUGCAGUUUUUUAGGAGUCGUUUGCUGGCCAUGGAUCCAACGUGCUUCUCUGAGAGUAUUUAUAACCUCAUACCCAGUGACUGGAAGGAACCUCCCCAGCCUCCUAGGUACACAUCAAUUUAUAAAGAAGCUAUAAAAAAUGACAUGAAAAAGUCUAAAACUUCGAUGAAAACCAUGGGACCAGCAAAAGUUGAAGUUCCUUCUCCAAAAGAUUUCCUAAAGAAACAUUCAAAGGAAAAAGCCCUACCACCCAAAAAAAAGUUUGACUGGAACGAGCCCAGAAAGCCUCCUGUGCCACUGAGGACGGAUCAUCCAGUCAUGGGAAUACAGAGCGGAAAAAAUUUUAUCAAUACAAAUGCAGCUGACGUCAUCAUGGGAGUGGCUAAGAAGCCAAAGCCAAUUUGUGUUGACAAAAGAACUGGAGACAAGUAUGACCUUGAAACAUCAGGACUACUUCCAAAGUACAUCCAUAAAAAGGAUUAUGGUGUCACACCUGAAUACAUAUGUAAGCGAAAUGAGAAACUGAAGAAAGCCCAAGAGGAGUACGAUCAUUAUAUCCAGGAAAAUCUUAAGAAAGCAGCUAUGAAAAUAUCAGAUGAAGAAAGAGAUGCUGUGCUACAGGGGCUUAAGAAGAACUGGGAGGAGAUGCACAAAGAAUUCCAGUCCCUCUCAGUCUUCAUAGACUCUCUGCCCAAGAAGAUCCGCAAGCAAAAGCUGGAAGUAGGCAUGAAACAGCUGGAACAUGACAUUGGUAUCAUCGAAAAGCACAAAAUUAUUUAUAUUGCCAAUAAGAAAUAGGAGGUUUUUAAGGGGUAGUAAUUUAGUGUUGGAAAAUAUAUUAAACCAAAAAUUUUCAAAGAUGACAGUUCUAUGAAGAAGAUAAAAGAAAUUUUACACAAAAUAUUUAAAGGAUAAUAGAAUUAUUUGCUUAUGUAAAAGAAUAGUAUUUUGCUUUUCACAUAUUAAACCAUUAAAGUUUGAGGCUAUACGUUUAAGCCCUAUCAUGUCAUUCAUUCUUCCUGUGUACUUGCUUCACAAAACCUUUCAUUUCUGAGCCCUGGAAAAUAGCACUCAGAACUUCGUUUUUUCUUCACUGUGUAGUACAAGAAGAGUCUCAUAUAAUGGUAGGCAUUUUGAAUUGCGAGUGGGAGCAUACGCCCUGUUGUUACUCUGAGGUAUUUCCUAAUGAUUGUUUUCUAACUGCUCAAAUUUAAAAACUAUAUAAUCUCAGAUAGCUUUGUGUCACUUGCAUUUAUUCCCAACUAUAGAUAUUUUAAGUACCCAUAACCUUCUAUAUGAUGGAGAAUAUAUUUUUGAAGAAAGAAAAUUAAGACAACUUACAGAAUCAAGAAGGCACAUUGAAAAAGGCAACAUUGAGGUUAAUUAAAUACAAGAAUUUUUUUUAA